CAAACUCAGGGAGCGGAGCCGGUCAUGGCUAUCCUCGCUCUCCCACUAGUCAUCUCCUUUCUCAAGCCCCACGCUUCCCGCCUCCGCCUCCUCCGCCCCAGCAACCCCAAUAAUCCUACCUGUCUCUACAACCCACUCUGCCACCGCCACUGCCGCCGCUUCACGAAAACCACCGUCUCCGCAGUUAGUACCUCCGCGGUUCCACAGCACGACUCGUCCACAAACCCCAAUGAUGAGCCCCGGAAAGCCUCCGUCCUUACUUUCCAGCAAGCCAUUCAGCGGCUCCAGGAAUAUUGGGCUUCAGUUGGAUGUGCCAUAAUGCAAUGCAGCAACACAGAGGUUGGAGCUGGGACUAUGAAUCCCUUGACAUUCUUAAGGGUUCUUGGUCCAGAACCAUGGAAUGUUGCGUAUGUGGAGCCUAGCAUCCGACCAGAUGAUAGUCGUUAUGGGGAAAAUCCAAACAGGCUCCAGAGACACACUCAAUUUCAGGUUAUAUUGAAGCCUGAUCCUGGAAACUCACAAGACCUUUUCAUCCGCAGCUUAUCAGCUUUAGGGAUUGAUGUCCGUGCACAUGAUAUACGAUUUGUGGAGGACAACUGGGAGAGUCCGGUGCUUGGAGCUUGGGGUUUGGGUUGGGAAAUCUGGAUGGAUGGAAUGGAGAUUACACAGUUCACCUACUUUCAGCAGGCUGGAAGUCUUCCCGUAUCACCAGUAUCGGUGGAAAUCACUUAUGGUCUAGAGCGUAUCCUCAUGCUGCUUCAGGGAGUUGAUCAUUUUAAGAAAAUUCAGUAUGCUGAUGGAAUUACAUACGGAGAGCUAUUCUUGGAGAAUGAGAAGGAAAUGAGUGCAUAUUAUCUAGAGAAUGCUGAGGUGCAUCAUCUUCAGAAACACUUUGAUCUUUUCGAGGAGGAAGCUCGUUCAUUGCUUGCUUCAGGCCUCGCAAUUCCUGCGUAUGAUCAGCUUCUGAAAACAUCACAUUCCUUCAAUAUCUUAGACUCUAGAGGCUUUGUUGGGGUAACAGAGCGUGCUCGUUACUUUGGUCGUAUGCGUAGUUUAGCUCGUCAGUGUGCACAACUUUGGUUAAAGACCAGGGAGUCCCUUGGAUAUCCGUUAGGCGCAAUUUCUGAAACUGUUAGUCUUGUAUGUCCUCAAGAGCUUGUGGAGGCAGCGGUUAAAAAGGUGCAUGAUGAUUCAAGGUUAUUUGUUCUUGAAAUUGGAACUGAAGAGAUGCCACCACAAGAUGUUGUCGAUGCCAGCCAGCAACUGAAAGAUUUAACUGCUCAGUUACUAGCAAAGCAAAGACUGAGCCAUGGUGAGAUACAAGCUUUUGGCACACCUCGCAGACUGGUGGUUUCUGUCGAGAAUCUCUGCACUAAACAAAUUGAGAAUGAGGUUGAGGUUCGAGGACCUCCUGUUUCAAAAGCUUAUGAUGAUCAGGGAAAUCCUACAAAGGCUGCUGAGGGUUUCUGCCGGAGAUACUCUGCACCAUUGAACUUGUUAUAUCGAAAGUCUGAUGGGAAAACAGAGUAUGUCUAUGCUCGAGUAACAGAGUCUGCCCGACUUGCUGUCGAGGUUUUGUCUGAGGAUUUUCCCAAUGUGAUUGCUAGACUUUCAUUUCCAAAGUCAAUGCGCUGGAACUCUCAGGUUAUGUUUAGCAGACCUAUUCGUUGGAUUUUGGCACUCCAUGGAGAUGUAGUAGUGCCCUUUACUUUUGCUGAAGUUUUGAGUGGAAACCUGUCACAUGGUCUCCGUAACACGCCUGCAUCUACUGUCAAGGUUGAUAGUGCUGAAUCUUAUGCUGGUGUAAUGAGGAAGGCUGGGAUCAAUAUUGAAAUUGAGGAACGUAAGAAAACAGUAUUGGAGGGGUCUAAUGCAUUAGCCAGAAGUGUAAACGGACGAGUGUUUAUUCAGGAGGGCUUACUUAAUGAGGUUGUAAAUCUUGUUGAGGCACCUGUUCCGGUCCUUGGGGAGUUUAAAAGGUCCUUCUUAGAGCUUCCUAGUGAUCUUCUGACUAUGGUUAUGCAGAAGCAUCAGAAGUAUUUUGCUGUGAAAGAUGAAAAUGGAAGGCUGCUGCCAUAUUUCAUUGCUGUGGCAAAUGGAGCAAUUGAUGAGAUUGUAGUCAAAAAAGGAAAUGAGGCUGUACUGAGAGCUCGCUAUGAAGAUGCUAAGUUCUUCUAUGAAAUGGAUACACGGAAAAGGUUUUCAGAAUUUAGAAUUCAACUGAAAGGGAUUCUUUUCCAUGAGAAGUUAGGAACAAUGCUGGACAAGGUGCUGCGCAUACAGAAUACGGUUAACAAGCUAAGCUUGGCCCUUGGAAUGAAUGAAAAUACGAACAAAGUUGUCCAGGAUGCUGCGUCACUCGCUAUGGCAGAUCUGGCUACAGCGGUUGUCACAGAGUUUACUUCCCUUUCAGGAGUAAUGGCUCGUCAUUACGCUCUUAGAGAUGGCUAUUCAGAGCAGGUUGCAGAAGCUUUGUUUGAGAUCACACUUCCGAGGUUUUCUGGAGAUACGCUUCCUAAAACUGAUGCAGGCAUAGUUCUGUCUGUCGCUGACAGAUUAGAUAGUCUUGUCGGCUUAUUUGCUGCUGGUUGUCAGCCCAGUUCUGCUAAUGAUGCGUUUGGCCUGCGACGAAUCUCUUAUGGUCUUGUCCAGGUGUUGGUGGAAAAAGAUAAGCAUCUGGACUUACAACAAGCAUUGGAACUUGCUGCAGAUGUCCAACCCAUUGAAGUAGAUGCAAGUACUAUAAAUGAUGCACAUCAAUUUGUUACACGGAGAUUAGAACAAUAUCUGGUUGAUAAGGGAAUAAGUUCAGAAGUGGUUCGUUCUGUACUUGCAGAGCGUGCAAAUUCACCUUGCCUCGCAGCAAGAUCUGCCUGUAAAAUGGAAGCCUUGUCAAAAGGCGAGCUUUUCCAAAAGGUUGUUGAAGCAUAUUCUCGUCCUACAAGAAUAGUUCGAGGGAAGGAUGUGGAUCCUCAUAUUGAGGUGGACGAGGCAGCCUUUGAGACAGACGAAGAGAAAGCAUUAUGGAAUUCUUUCUUGUCCGUUCAAAACAAAAUAUGUCAUGGUAUUGAGGUUGAUGAGUUUGUUGCAGUAUCGUCGCAGCUACUACAACCCCUCGAGGAUUUCUUUAAUCAUGUGUUUGUAAUGGUGGAAGAAGAAAGAAUUCGGAAGAACAGGCUUGCUUUGCUGAAGAAAGUUUCCGACCUUCCAAGAGGAGUAGCCGACCUGUCAAUUUUGCCUGGAUUUUGAGUUGUCUGUCUUUCUUCUUGUCAUUUUACUAGCGAAGGGACAUCAUUUUUUCGCUGAAGUGAAAAAUACGAUGGAAAGAGAAGAGUCUCAAGGUUGUAUUUGUCUUCCAAUUUGUAUGUUGAUUUGCAUAUAAUGUUAUAGUUAUCAGAUAUCAAGGCAGUGUUAAAUACAUUUUUUUUGUGUGUGUAAAUUGGAUGAGUAGGAAAUUCAUUGUAAAGAAGAGAAAAUAGUUUUAGAAGUCAAAACCAUAAAAAUAUAAUUCAAUGUUUUGAGCCA